AUGGUAGAUAACACUGAUGCCGAGGGUCGUUUGAUUUUAGCUGAUGCUCUGUAUCUUGCCUGCAAUCCUGCUAUCUUUGGAAAAGCUUCAAAUCCACUCCUCGUGAUCGAUGCUGCCACUUUGACUGGUGCUAUUCUUUCUGCCCUUGGUGAUCGAUUUACUGGGUUAUUUGUUAAUGAACCAGCGAAACGAUGCUUCUUUGAUACUCACCUCGAGAAGGCAGGUAAACUUAGUGGAGAUCGCUUCUGGCAGCUGCCCUUGGAUGGUUCUUGGCCAAUGUCUGGCUCACAUAUUGAAGGGGGCUGUCACUUAGCCGAUCUGAACAACAUACUCGUUGGAAGUUAUGCAAAGCACGCUGGCUCGUCCUCCGCCGCCCAGUUUCUUCAGGUAAAACUUUAUAUUUUAAACAAAUUUCUCCAUGUUUUCAUUCAAAUCCAUAUUGCCUUGUUUCCCAAAAGGUGUUAUCAUACAGUGUGGACUGCAGUUUCCUCCUUGCUUUGGUCUCAUUAG